AAAUCCCAAUAAAAAAAACAAAACAAACUCAACGUGGGUAAUUUAAAAAUAAAAUGUUCGCUUUCUUUGCAAAACUAUAGAAAAGCAAAAGAUAUAUCAAAAAAGUCAUCAUCAUCACAAAGUUUUUAAAGCAAAAUUAUAAGAAAAAUAUAGAUACAAAUAUUAUUUGUAUGGAUUGACUUUUAAAUAACACACUUGGAUGACAGUCGGGUUCCUUCGCUGGGAGGACUGAGGAGUGUUUUGUGUUUUUCGAAGUUUUUGGUCGUGUACCGCUUGGUUCGGAGUAUUGUACGCAUCUAGAUACUUUUGUUUUAUAUAGAAAGAGUUCGAAGUGCAAAAAGAUACAAAACAGAAAUGCAAUUUUCUUAUAUGAAACUUGCUAUAUACGCAUUGACAUUCCUAACUUACGCGUACUCGGGUUAUGGUUCGAGUACGAUUGCAAGUUUGCGUGAUGCAAUUAUCGCUGCAGAGGCAAUUUUCGGUGAUGUCUUCCACAAUGUCAUUACUGUGGCGAAGAAAUUUAAAGUUGUUCACGAAGUCUUCGAUGCGGCAGUUGAUGAGAAUUGUGUUUUCACUUGUCCGGGUGAUGUAAAAGCCGUCCAAAAUAAGCUCUAUACCCCGUCAUCAGAUGGAUGUGGAUCGUUGGGACUGUCCAUUAGCACAGAAUACUUACCAGCUGCUGAAAUGGGUGCUUGCUGUAAUGAUCAUGAUAUUUGCUAUGACACCUGCAACAGUGAUAAAGAACUCUGUGAUCUAGACUUCAAAAGAUGUCUCUAUAGACACUGUGAGACAUACGACAAGACAAUAGCCAGUGAUAUUGUAAUAAAAAGUUGUAAGGGAGCAGCUAAAAUGUUAUUCACUGGUACACUGACAUUAGGCUGUAAAUCAUUUUUGGAUGCCCAAAAAAGAACUUGCUAUUGUCAGCCACCGAAAGAGAGUAAAUAUCAGAAGAAUAAUAAUCAAUACAGUAAUAAUAAUAAUAACAAUAAUAACAAAAACUAUAAAGACAAAGACAAAAAACAGAAAUAUGGUUGGAAGGAUGAGUUUUGAGUGACGGAGGGUUGAAAGAUUUAGUGAAAUAUUUGCUUUGUUUAUUUGGUAGAUUCGGCAGUGCACUUUGUAGUAUUAUAAUGUAAAACAAACAAUAAAAGCAUAAAUUAUUUAAAAUGAAA